ACGCCCUCUGUCGGCGACAAAACGCGCACCUGUUUUAACUGUGCCAUUUCUUUGUUGAGAUAGCGUUGGUAGGUCUCAGGCAAGAGAAUGGAAGGCCAGCAAAAAAGAACGUUAGAUGAAGCUGAACCAUCAUUAUUAGAAGGUGUAAAGGCCCUAAUUGUAGACAUAGAAGGAACGACAACGCCUAUAGGAUUUGUCAAGGAAACACUUUUCCCUUAUGUAGAAGAAAACAUUGAGAGCUAUUUGAAAAAGAGGUUUGAUGAUGAAGAAACCAAGGCAGAUAUUACUGCACUCCAAGAACUGGCAAUAAAGGAAAAAGCCGAUGAUCAGGAGGGAGUGAUAGAAAUUCCCAAGGAGGGCUCAAAAGAGGAGAUCAUUAAGGCAGUGGUAGCCAAUGUCAAAUGGCAGAUGGAUGCCGACAGGAAGACCACAGCCCUAAAACAACUGCAGGGGCACAUCUGGAGGGAGGGGUACAAGACGGGGAAAAUUAAGGCAGAACUGUUUGAGGAUGUGGGUCCAGCCUUACAGCAGAUUGUAGAGGAGGGGAUCAAUGUUUACGUGUACUCCUCCGGGAGCGUGGAGGCCCAGAAACUGUUGUUUGGGAACACAGAGGAGGGGGACCUGCUAGAGCUCUUUACAGACUUUUUUGACACAACAAUAGGAAGUAAAAAGGAAUCGUCCAGUUAUAAGAAGAUAGCAGAGAAAAUUGAUGUAAAUCCAGAAGAGAUCUUGUUCCUAACAGACAUGCCUGACGAGGCCACCGCAGCCACUCAAGCAGGAAUGAGGAGCGCGUUAGUUGCGCGUGACGGAAACGAAGAGUUAACGGAGGAACACUUCCAGAACUUCCUGGUCAUCGAGUCGUUCGGAGAAUUAUUUGGUGAUGAUGAGGAAGACUAUAAACGAUUAGAAGGCGAGGACAACGGCGAGGUAGACGAAGAGGAUGAGGAGGAAGAAGAUCUUGGAGAGGAGGAGGAGGAGCCGGAAGAUGAGGACGACGACGAUGAGGAAGACGCUUAGGCGAUGACUGGUCAGACGAUGACUUUACAUGGGCAAGUGCAAACAGAGACAUGUGUCUGGAUCCCACUCCUCCAGCUGUGUGUAGAAGUGUGUGUAUACAGUGUAUUGUAAAUUUGUAGAAUGACUGUGUCCUCCUCAGGGCCAAAAGCUGCUGUUUAUUCGGGCUAUUCCUUUAAGACAAAGUGUUCAUGUGUGAAGCACAGUGUGUAAAUGUUAGUUUAUUAAAAGAGAUGGAAAGAGAGUUAUUAUGAUUUUUGUCUUUAUGGAAUAGUCAGAUAUGGAUGUAAAACCAAUUUUUUUUUACCACCACAUUUACCAGAAAAAAUGAUGUAUAGUUUAUAGAAUGAGUGAUGAAGUUAUAUUCAUCUUUGAUAUUUUAUCAUUUCAUUGCUUUGUUAAGUGUAUGGUAAACAAGUAAAGAUUCAAUGUGUUACUAGUUAAUCCAAAGUACUGUGGUUUAUAUGUGAAAAAAGGCAGCAAUGAGACGUUAUAUUAAAUGUUGUAAGAAUUUAAUGCUUCUUUUAAUUUAUGUUAAAAGCAUCUGUGUUAAUUGUUAAUACAUGCAAACAAAAAUAACAAAACCAUGAUCACAUGUGUACCUUUCAUAUAAAAUGUAAACCCAAUCACAAACCAAUGAUGUUUAACAUAAUAUUAUAAAUUGUCUCUAAGUUGUAUAACUGCUAAAUUCAAGCAGAUAUAAUGAUAUGUAAUUCUGAGCGCUAGAUGAGUGAGUUAUUUUGUAUUUUCUGGAUAUCAACAUAUAUCAGAUUUUUGUUAGUUCAUGAUACUUUUUUUUUAGUUUCGGAAAAUUUGCUGUACAUUUUUUUCUUAUUGCUUUUACUGUACUUUUUAUACAGAUAUGAAAUGGCAAAUAUUGAUAAUGUGCUUACAUUUUGACUACUUUUACUAAUUUGUACUUUAUUAAUGAAAAGAAAUGUUGCAAUGAAUUUUUUUUUUUACAGAAUAUUUUAAAUCUCAUAUCAAUUACAGCAAUGUUUUCCCACCUAUUUUAUCAGAAUAAAUAAUGGUAGAUUAUA